AGAACAAAACUGUAGCGCAAAGACUGCCCAAAUGAUCUUUUCAUGAUCAGAUGGAUGCAGCCAAAUGUGCCUUUAGAAUUUUAUAUAGCACCGUGUUUAAUCCUCACGCCAAAACCUUACGGCUGUGAAGUUCUGAUACACGGUGAAUCAAUCGAAAAGAGCAAAAAGAGAAACAUCAGAGCUUAAACCUGAAACGAACCAUUCUCACCAGGUGAAGAAUCUUACCCAAAAUGGCUAGUCUUGAUCUGAAUAACAAUGAAAGAAAGCACACAAAACCCAUCCUUUGACUAGUUGAUGCAUCGUUCUCCGGACAGAGAGUGGCGGCGGCUGUCUGAAGUUAUUUGGAGAAAGUGAAGAUUUUUAGGGUUCUGAGAAGUUUUCAUCACUUGAAGUCUUUUAAUAGUACUGUAUAUGAUAAUGGAAUUGCCUCGAUACUAAUGCAAUUGACGACAAUGCCCACAAGAACAGAGCAAAAUGUCUCCAUUCUCAGAAACCUCUGUUCUGCUACUUCCCAUGGUCGAGAAAUGCAUAAAUCUCUUACAAACUUACGGCGUUUCAUCGCUAACGAAACUCAGACAAAUCCACGCUUUUUCAAUUCGCAAUGGAGUCUCAAUCUCCGACGCCGAGCUGGGGAAACACCUCAUCUUCUACCUCGUGUCUCUUCCUUCACCACCUCCAAUGUCUUACGCUCACAAAGUUUUCUCCAAGAUUGAGAAACCCAUCAAUGUCUUUAUUUGGAACACAUUGAUCAGAGGCUACGCCGAGAUUGGUAAUUCCGUCUCUGCUGUUUCUCUUUACCGUGAGAUGAGAGCCUCUGGUUUCGUCGAGCCAGAUACUCAUACUUACCCGUUUCUUCUUAAAGCUGUGGGUAAAAUGGCGGAUGUUAGGUUAGGAGAGACGAUUCAUUCCGUUGUUAUACGAAGUGGGUUUGGUUCGUUGAUAUAUGUUCAGAACUCUCUGCUCCAUUUAUACGCCAAUUGUGGAGAUGUAGCUAGUGCGUACAAGGUGUUUGAUAAAAUGCCUGAGAAAGAUCUUGUGGCUUGGAACUCUGUCAUUAAUGGGUUUGCAGAAAACGGUAAACCAGAAGAAGCUUUGGCGCUUUAUACUGAGAUGGAUUUGAAGGGUAUCAAGCCUGAUGGGUUCACAAUCGUAAGCUUGUUGUCUGCUUGUGCAAAGAUUGGUGCUUUAACAUUGGGUAAGAGAUUUCAUGUCUAUAUGAUCAAAGUGGGGUUGACACGAAACUUGCAUUCCAGCAAUGUUCUCUUGGAUUUGUAUGCGAGAUGCGGAAGAGUCGAAGAAGCCAAAACACUUUUCGAUGAAAUGGUGGACAAGAACAGUGUCUCGUGGACUUCUUUGAUAGUUGGUUUAGCUGUUAAUGGCCUUGGAAAAGAAGCAAUUGAGCUUUUCAAGAAUAUGGAAUCAAAGGAGGGAUUGUUACCUUGUGAGAUCACAUUUGUGGGGAUCUUAUACGCAUGUAGCCAUUGCGGGAUGGUGAAGGAAGGUUUUGAGUAUUUCAGAAGAAUGAGUGAAGAGUAUAAGAUUGAGCCUAGGAUUGAACAUUUUGGUUGUAUGGUCGAUUUGUUAGCUAGAGCUGGGCAAGUGAAGAAAGCCUAUGAAUACAUUCUGAAAAUGCCGAUGCAGCCAAAUGUGGUAAUCUGGAGAACAUUGUUAGGAGCUUGUACUGUUCAUGGUGAUUCAGAUUUAGCAGAGUUAGCUAGAAUGAAGAUCUUACAACUAGAACCAAACCACAGCGGUGAUUAUGUGCUCUUGUCGAAUAUGUAUGCAUCCGAGCAGCGUUGGUCCGAUGUGCAAAAGAUAAGGAAACAAAUGUUAAGAGACGGUGUGAGAAAAGUUCCUGGUCACAGCUUAGUAGAAGUAGGAAACAGAGUUCAUGAGUUUCUCAUGGGUGAUAAGUCUCAUCCACAAAACGACAUGAUUUAUGCUAAGCUGAAAGAAAUGACUGAUAGAUUGAGAUUGGAAGGUUACGUGCCGCAGAUUUCAAACGUUUAUGUAGAUGUUGAGGAGGAAGAGAAGGAGAAUGCUCUGGUUUACCACAGUGAAAAGAUUGCUAUUGCUUUUAUGCUUAUUAGCACACCAGAAAGAUGGCCGAUUCGAGUCGUGAAGAAUCUUAAGGUCUGUGCAGAUUGUCAUUUAGCAAUCAAACUAGUGUCAAAGGUUUAUAACCGAGAGAUUGUUGUCAGAGACCGUAGCCGGUUUCACCAUUUUAAAAACGGCUCUUGUUCUUGCCAAGAUUACUGGUAAUGCAGAAAAGAAAUUUCUUGUUUCAACACAAAAUUGUUCAAAUUUACGGAUUCUACUUCGUUGAUUAAUGCUUGUAGGGGGAAAAUGAAAAGU